AUGCAACUUACCAUCUAUUUGCUAGCGUUCUACGGCGCUGGCUCGCUCGUCUUUUCCACGCGUGGUUUCUUUGUUUCGAAUGGAGACAAACCCGAUACCGAAGGAAAGAAUAUCGCCAAAGGUUAUCAGGCUGUUGGCGGUUCUGAAAUUGUCAACUGCUUCUCUUGCGGGUUUACAGCUGCCGAAGCUAUGACGCGAGGCUGUAUCUGGGAAGAAAUGGAUAUGCAAUGGCUACAUCCAAAAUGCGUUGAUCUAGAGCUGCGCGAGGAGUAUGCCAAAAAGGGACAUGGACCAGAUGGUAUAUGGAUGUUCGAAACCGAAGCUCCCGGAGGUGAUGGAUUAGGACCAUUUCAGAUCGUAAACAGUACUGAGCUGAGCUUGCUUGUUGAGCCAGGCCGUAAAGCGUGGUCGACAAUGGAACAUCACCUUUUACACUGCAACUACCGGUGGCGGAAGCAGUUCAGAACUAGGCACACUGGAGUUAUUUGGCCCAUGCCCAGAGAAAAGGAGGCACAUGUCGCACAUUGCGGCAAAAUGACGCUAAUGCAAAACGUGCCGUUGGAACAGUAUCGGACUCGAGUCUCGUAUACGGGGCCGACGAAAGUGGGUAAAAAUUCUAGAUAG